GUCUUGUCUUAAAGCCAAAGCUAAUGAAAGUGAAUAUUGUCAAGAAUUUAAAGAACUUAAUUUAUCAGAAUUGGUUAAGAAACCAAAAUCCUUCAAAAAAGUAGCUAUAAGUAAGCUUGAAAAAGAAAAAGCCAUGUUGGAGGAACAAGUUAAAGCUCUCAAGAGGGCU